AUGUAUUCAGGGCCGUCGGGAUUCCAGGGCGCGCCUGCAACCAAGGCCAUCAUCCUGGUGUGCGCGGCGCUCUCUCUCGUGCUCGGCUCGCGCUCCGCACACUCCUCCCACCACCCCUUCGCACUCUCCCGAGAGGCGCUGCUGUCGCGCGGGGAGUGGUGGCGUGUGGCGCUGUCGCAGGUGUGUGUGGCGAGCACGCCCGACCUGCUGGUGUGUGCGCUGCUGCUCUACUCCUUCCGCUUCUUUGAACGCCAACUUGGGUCUGCCAAGUUUGUGGUUCUCUGCUCCUUCUCGUCUCUGGUCGCCCUUGCGCUUCAACUCCUCGUUGUCCUCCUCCUGCCCUCACCAGCAGCCUCUCCUCUAGACGACCCGCCGCCCUCCUUCCACCCGGCAUCGGGCCCUCUCGGGCUGCUCUUCGCGCUCUUCCUGCUCUUCUUUGCCGAUGUGCCUCCCACGGCACGCUACCUCCUGCUCUCCCGCGUCCCACUCUCCGAUAAAGCCCUCGUGUACCUGGGAGGGCUGCAGCUGCUCUUCUCCUCGGGUCUCUCCUCCAUCCUGCCUGCUGCAGCGGGGAUUAUAGCAGGCGCACUCUAUCGCUGCAACGCCCUGGGAGUGCGCAAGGCCAAGGUGCCAGACAGCAUAGCGCGCUUUGCCUCUACAUGGGUAGCCCCUCUGCUGCUCUGGCCCUCGGGUUCCUUCUCGCCCUCCUCCGCUGCCACUGCCGCUCAGCUUCAGCACAGACGGCGGCAGCAGCAGCAGCAGCUGCGCCAGCAGUUGCAGCAGCAGCGAGCAGGGCACCAACACAUGCCG